UUAAGGUGUCUUCUGGAUAAAUUCAACAACUAGUGAAAGACCGUUCUUUAUAAGGAGGAAAGGAUUGAAAGCGAAGUGUGUGUGGAAGGGAAGGAAUCAAGGGUAAAACCACCUACAACUCUGCAUCCAAUUCUAGCUGGGGUUGUGUGGGAUGCCGCGGAUUUAGCUUGGUUGAGUUACAGGAACAAGAAUGGCUGUGCUUCUUGGAGCUAAAAUAUGCUCAUUUGUCACUUUCAAGACAAUGAACAGAACCUCUAAACCUGAUAUGGACUACAAACUGAAUUCUAGGUGUAAUGCUGUUCUAUCAUCUCAAGCUGCUUUGCCAAGUCGUCGACAUGUCUUGGUCUUUAGCGCUUCAUUUGUUACAGUUCUGACCUUAAAUUGCUUUCUUACACCAUUACAAGCACGGGCCAAAGAGGAAGAAAAGGACGACGGAGUCGCUGGGGCCAUUAAAUCAUUGUUUGAUCCUAAUGAGAAAACAAAAUCUGGGAAAUUGUUGCCAAAGGCAUACUUAAAGGCAGCAAGAGAAGUUGUGAAGAACCUCCGCGAGUCACUCAAGGAAGAUACCAAGGAUAUUGCCAAGUUUAGACGGACUGCAGAUGCAGCAAAGGAGUCCAUCCGGGAAUACCUGGGCAGUUGGAGGGGACAAGAAAAGGUAGUUCGUGAGGAAUCAUAUGUAGAAUUAGAGAAGGCAAUUAGGUCUUUGGCCAGUUUCUAUUCGAGGGCUGGUCCAUCUGCACAACUCCCGGAAGAGGUUAGAUCAGAGAUAUUGAAUGAUUUGAAUACCGCUGAAGAAUUUUUGUAGAGUGAUCAGAUGCACAUCAGCUAAAUGGCCUCGAACCCAACUCUGGAUGGGAAAUUCAGGCUGUGCUCUCUAUUUGCAAUCACGUCUAUUUCCUUUGAAAUAUGAACAGAAAAACUACUGUUACAUGCUGUGAAAUUCUUAGCUAUCAUUUUUGAGUUCAUGCAAUCAGGAUAAUUACAAGGUUGGUUGGUUUGUUUGUUUUUCA